AUGACGGAACAGAAGCAAAAGAAGCUUAUCAUCAAUGCCUUCGUAGAGAUGUGCAGCGGACACCAGUCCCCUGGUCUCUGGAGACAUCCCGAUGAUGAGUCCCACAAGUUCAACGACGUCGGACACUGGGUUGAACUAGCGAAGCUACUCGAGGCUGCUAAAGUUCAUGGGAUAUUCAUCGCUGAUGUUUUGGGUGGCUACGACGUCUACAAUGGAACCCUUGACGCGGCCAUUCGAUCGGGUGCCCAGUGGCCGGUCAAUGAGCCACUUGCAGUGGUCUCGGCGAUGGCUGCGGCGACGAAGAGUAUUGGGUUUGGCGUUACGGUUUCGACGACGUAUGAGCAGCCGUAUCAUCUUGCUAGGAGGCUAUCGACGGUGGACCACCUUAGUAAGGGACGACUCGGCUGGAAUAUCGUGACCAGCUACCUCGACUCCGCCGCCCGCAACCUAGGCUUCACUGAGCAACCCAAACACGACGACCGCUACGCCCAAGCCGAGGAGUACGUCCAAGUAAUCUACAAGCUCCUCGAAUCCUCCUGGCGCGACGACGCCGUAAUCCUCGACCGCGAAAAGGGCAUCUACACCGACCCCACCCGCGUCCGCGAAAUCAACCACAAAGGCCGCUUUUUCAACGUGCUCGGCCCGCAUAUCUGCCAACCGAGCCCGCAGCGCACGCCCCUUCUUCUGCAAGCCGGAACCAGCAAAGCGGGCAAGCAGUUCGCUGCUCAGCACGCGGAGGCGAUCUUCGUUUCAGCACACGCACCGGUGGUUUGUGCGAAGAACAUUGCGGAGAUCCGAGAGCUCGCGAAGACGGAGUUCGGGAGGACGCCGAGUAAUAUCAAGGUGCUGGCGCUUGUGACGCCGAUUCUAGGACGGACGACGGAGGAGGCGCAGGAGAAGUUUGAGGAGUACAAGAAGUAUGCGUCGAGCGAGGGGGCGUUGGCGUUGUUUUGUGGGUGGACAGGGAUCGAUUUGGGGAAGUAUGGGGAUGAGGAGGAGUUGAGGCAUGUGGAGAGUAAUGCUGUCAGAUCGACCGUGGAAGGGUAUGCGCGUUUUUCUCCGGGUACCUCGAAGUGGACUAAGCAUACGAUCGCGGAGCAUAUCAGCAUUGGGGGCAACGGCCCGGUGCUAGUUGGAACUCCUACACAGGUGGUGGACGGACUGCUGACUUGGGUCAAGGAAGCCGAUGUGGAUGGUUUCAAUUUAGCCUACACCCUAUUCCCUCAGUCAUUCAAAGACAUCGCGGAACUUCUUCUCCCCGAACUGCAAUCUCGAGGCCUCUUUUGGGACGACUAUGCAGUUCCAGGAGGCACGUACAGGGAGAACUUCUACCAGAAGCCUGGGCAGUCUGGGCCUCUAGAUGAGCACGUUGCGGCAUCUUAUCGAUGGAAGGCCGAGUAAGCCUGAUCUAGGGCCUAGUGAACUUUACAUCUUGUUUUGAAUUUGAUGAAUGGGCAUGGGGUAGGUCACAUGGUCAAGUAGGAUACCAAAUCGCAUGCGCUAUAGUCCUGAUAUAUGGUCUAGCGGAAUUUAUAUGAG